AUGGGUCGGGAGGUCUCAUACAACAUUGCCCCAGAACUAGGACCUCCGGUGAAUCCUAAUGUUGUUGGUGUUGAAGACAAUAAUGCUAUUGAUUUAUCCAGUGAUGAUGAGUCUGAUGACGAACUUGAUCAAGCUCCAUGGAUGGAAAAGAUCUGGGAAGCUCAUAUCACAGAUGCACAUAUACUUGAAUAUCAAACAAUGAUAUCUCUAAUCAGAUUCAGUUAUCAUCAAAGGAUAAAGCUGAAAGUGCAACAGUAUAAUUUUUUCCCAGUGUCAGCAUGGACUAUUUCAGGCGAAGGCUCAUCAUAUAAUUCAUCUCAAAUCGAUAUACAUUUAAAUACAGGUUCCAAUAACCACCUUUCAUCUAUCAUCAUUGCUUCUAAGGAAUUUGACACCAGAUUCAAUUUUGUUGAAAUUGAGAAACAAACAUAUGUUGAUCUGGGGGAAAUGAAUACAAUAUGUAAGUUUUGUGGAGCAACAAUAUGGGCUGAAGAACGAGCUGAAAAGAAUAAAUCUCCACUUGAACCGGAUUUCUCUAUGUGUUGUUCGAAAGGAAAAAUAGCAAUUCCUUACUUGAAAGACCCGCCUGAAUUGUUGCUUAACCUGCUUACAAAUAAUGAUCCCAGAAGUCGAAAUUUUCUUGAUAAUAUUCGAUCUUACAAUAGUAUGUUUGCAUUUACCUCCAUUGGAGGUAAACUUGUCACCAAUAUUAAUGAUGGUCAUGGUCCUCCUCAAUUCAUUAUCAGUGGUCAGAAUUACCAUCGUAUAGGAAGUUUACUGCCAGACGAAGGGCAGUCCCCCAAGUUUGCGCAAUUAUAUAUAUAUGAAACCAAGAAUGAAGUUGAGAACAGAUUAAAACCAUUCAGCAGCAAUGGAAAUAAUAGCCUUGAUCCUACCCUGGUUGCUGAGUUGAUAAAAAUGGUUGAUCAAUAUAAUCGUUUAGCUAGAUUAUUUAGAAGGGUGCGUGAUUAUGUUGAAAGAGGUGAGGCUGAGAAUGUUGCUUUGAGAUUAUUUAGGAGUAGUUCUCUUGAUCCAAAGACAUACAAUCUUCCAAGUGUUGAUGAAGUUGCAGCCUUAAUUGUUGGUGAUUUUGAUAGUUCUGAUUGUGGGCGUGAUAUUAUUCUUCGUACUAAGCAUGGCCAAUUUCAAAGGAUUUAUGAGAACCAUUCUUCGUUCCUUCCUCUUCAAUACCCGAUACUUUUCCCACAUGGGGAGAAAGGUUUCUCUGAGGAUAUUGACUUUGCAAAUCUUCAUAAUGUUAAUACAGACCCUAGGCGUGAUCAUAUUUCACUGCGUGAGUGGGUUGUUAUUCUACUUUAUGUGAGGAAAUUUGAGUGCAAGCGAAUCUUUCUAUCUAGACGUUUGUUUCAACAAUUUGUGGUUGACUGUUAUUCAAUGAUUGAGUCUCAAAGAUUGUACUAUUAUCGGAACAACCAAUCAAGUAUAAGAAGACAUUUUCUGGAAGGAAUUGAGGAAGCAAUGAGCCGUGGUGAUACAUGUUCAUCAACCAUUGGAUCAAGAGUAUAUCUUCCAGCUUCUUUUAAGGGUGGCAAGCGCUACAUGUUCAACAAUUGUCAAGAUGCCAUGGCUAUUUCCAACACAUAUGGUUAUCCUGACCUAUUUUUGACAAUGACUUGCAAUCCCAAAUGGCCAGAAAUUGAUCGACAUGUUUCUGCAUUUGGCUUGACUGCUUCAGAUCGACCAGAUCUAGCUUGCCGUGUCUUUCAUAUGAAGUUAAAUGCAUUAAUUAUUGAUUUAAAGAAUGGUGAUUUCUUUGGCAAGGCUAUUGCAGGCACAUAUACUAUUGAGUUUCAAAAAAGAGGAUUGCCACAUGCUCAUAUUUUAUUGUGGCUUAGCAUGGAAAACAAGUUACGUACUCCUAAUAUGAUUGAUUCUGUUAUUUGUGCUGAGUUGCCGGAUCCCGAACGUUUCCCACAAUUGUUUGAGUGUGUAUCCAACUAUAUGUCAACAUCGUUUGAUAGUGAUGGUUAUCCAAUAUAUAGAAGAAGAAAUAUUGGUGUAAUCACUCUGAGGAAGGGCGUCCCUUUGGAUAAUAGAUAUGUUGUUCCUUACAAUCCAAAGUUGUUGAUGAAAUAUCGUGCACAUAUCAACAUUGAAUAUUGCAAUAAAUCGAACUCCAUCAAAUAUUUAUUUAAAUACAUUAAUAAGGGAGUUGAUAGGGUCACAAUGUCAAUGAGUGUGCCACAAGCAAAGAAGGAUCAACUUGAAGAAGUGGAUGAGAUUAAACAAUAUUAUGAUUGCAGAUAUCUUUCACCAUGUGAAGCUCUAUGGAGAUUAUACGGAUUUGAAAUUCAUUUGAAGUGGCCACCUGUGAAGAAACUAAUUUAUCACAUGCCUAAGAAACAAGUCAUCCUAUUCAAGGAACAACAAUCUAUUAGGAAUGUGUUUGACAAAAACAAGUUGAAAAAUAGCAUGUUCACUGCUUGGAUGGUUGCAAAUGCCAAAUAUGAUGAAGGUAGACGCUUGACAUAUUCCGAAUUUCCAGCUGCAUUUGUAUAUGAUGAAAAAAAGAAAGAAUGGAAGCCAAGGCAACAAGGCUUUUCCAUUGGUCGGAUGAACUUUGUUGCUCCGGGAUGUGGUGAAUUGUAUUAUCUGCGACUUUUGUUGAAUUUCCAACGUGGUUGCAUGAGCUUUGAUGAUUUGAAAACACAUAAAAAUCGCACUUAUGAGACUUUUCGAGAUGCAUGUGACGCAAUGGGUUUGUUAAAAGAUGAUCGUGAAUUCAUCGAUGCUAUGCACAAUGUAGCCAAGAUUUCAUCAGGUUUUUAUGUCAGAAACCUAUUUGUUACAUUCUUAUUGGGCAACACACUGAGUAAUCCGCUUAAUGUAUGGAAUAAAACAUGGCACGAACUUGCUGAUGGUAUUCAGUAUAACAUGCGCAAGACUCAUAACAAACCAGAUUUGGUUAUUGAAGAACAUCGUCUUAAGGAUCUAUGUUUAAUGGAGAUUGAGAAAAUCUUAAUGGUGAAUAGUAAAUCGCUAAAGGAUUUUCCUGGGAUGCCUCGAGUUGAAGCUAAUACACUGACUGAGUAUGGAAAUGUGUUGUUACUCAAUGAGCACAAUUUUGAUCUUGUAGAGAUGACUCGCUUGCAUGAAGAAUGCUUUCUCAAGUUGAAUGAUGGACAAUCAAAAAUAUAUAAUGAAAUUAUGGCUGCUAUCACUUCAGAUAAUGGUCGUUUUUUCUUUGUAUAUGGCUAUGGUGGAACAGGGAAAACAUUUUUGUGGAAGACUUUGACAUACAAACUACGAUCUGAGAAAAAGAUUAUAUUGAAUGUUGCAUCAAGUGGCAUUGCUGCUUUGUUACUACCAGGUGGUCGAACAGCACAUUCAUUGUUUUCUAUUCCCCUUUCGUUGAAUGAGGAUUCAUGUUGUGGGAUAGCACUAGGAAGUCCUAAAGCUGAAUUGUUACAACUUGCUAGCUUAAUAAUUUGGGAUGAGGCACCAAUGGUUAGUCGGUUUGCAUUCGAGGCUUUAGAUAGGACUUUGAAGGACAUAAUGAGGUUCACCUCUAAUGGUGGACAACCAUUUGGGGGAAAGGUUGUUGUUUUAGGAGGUGAUUUUAGACAAAUUUUACCUGUCAUUCCUAAAGGUAGGCGAGCAGAGAUAGUUAUGUCAACAAUUAACUCCUCCAGAUUAUGGCAGUAUUGCAAGGUGUUGACUUUAACUGAGAAUAUGAGAUUGAUGACCAAUAGAUGCUCUCCGAAUCAUGAUGAAAUUAAAGAUUUCGCAAAGUGGGUUUUGGAUGUUGGUGAUGGUAAAUUGGGUGAUUAUAAUGACGGUGAGUCUGAUGUUCGAAUUCCUGCUGAUUUGCUAAUCCAACAAUCCUCAAACCCUAUUGCAGACAUUGUGCAUGUCAUUUACCCUGAAAUUCUUCAAAAUGUUGGUUGUGUCAAAUACUAUUCUGAUAAAGCAAUACUUGCACCAACUUUGGAUGCUGUUGAUUCAAUCAAUCAAUAUGCAUUAUCAUUAUUUCCUGGAAACGAAAAAACUUAUCUUAGCUCUGAUUCAGUAUGGAAAGUCAAUGAAGAAAUUGGAAUAGAAGCUGAUUGGUUAACCACGGAAUUUUUAAAUGGUAUUAGAAGUUCUGGCAUUCCUGAUCACAAGUUGGUUCUUAAAAAAGGUGCACCUGUAAUGCUUAUGCGAAAUCUAGACAUUUCAACUGGUUUAUGCAAUGGUACAAGGCUUAUUGUUGACUACCUUGGUGAAAAUGUAAUCGGUGCUAUAGUUCUCUCUGACACACAUAUUGGGAAGGUUGCAUACAUCUCUAGGAUGAAUUUGAUGCCGUCUGAUGAAAGCAUGCCAAUUAAGUUCCAAAGGAGACAAUUUCCUUUAAUUGUUUCUUUUGCAAUGACUAUAAAUAAAAGUCAGGGACAAUCAUUAUCUCAAGUGGGUGUAUAUUUACCGAAGGCAGUUUUUUCUCAUGGGCAAUUGUAUGUUGCUAUUUCCAGAGUUCAAAGUAGAGCUGGCCUCAAGAUUUUAAUAUGCAAUGAAGACACUAGCCAACAAGAUGUUACUAAGAACAUUGUCUUCAAGGAAGUUUUUCAAAAGAUUUAUAACAAUUAG